AUGAUUUGCCGUGAGAUAUAUGACGAGGCCGACAUGGCUAACCAGGAAUACCGCGAGAGUGUGGCGAAUCUGCGCCGAACAUCGUUUAAGAACAUCAAUAACCGAUCAGCGCUGCGAAAGGUGCUCUCCAGAGCCAAUAUGAAGUCCAUCAUGACCAAAAGCAACGCCUCAAUGUCCAUCGU